CCUCCCAAUGGAAAUGCACGUCGUCUCGGCGAUCGAAUUUCCAGACACUUCGCCGAUGAUCUUGGAUUACCUGCUCCCCCUCAUCAUCAUGAUCAUAAACGAUCCCGAAGAGACGAUUUCACUCGGCCGACUAAUGGGUCCUUCGCCGGAUCAACCACCUCCAAUGGUCCACUCCCCCCUCUCGUUGCGUCUGAUCCUCGAUCUAAAACUGUUCUCGCAUAUAACGACCUUGAUACUCCUGCUGGGGAUGAGGUGGUCUUGAAUUAUUGAAUGUUUUUUCAGUUCAUUUGAUAUCACUUCAAUUUUUUUUUUUUUUUCAAUGUUGAUUGAUUAAUUGAUUGUGUUACAUAGUUUUAUUUUGUGCCUUGUUUUUUUUUUUUUCUGUCACUGAUUGUCAAUUCAACUUCUUUUCACAAAAACAGAACCCUAGUCCUAUAUUCAUCAUUUUUUUUACAUACAUAUGUCUGUGUCAUGUCUCUCUUUGUGUUAAAAUACUACAUCUACAGACCAUGAUAUCUAUAUCUAUGUGUAUAUACAUACAUAUAGCUAUACAUAUAUAUAUACCUUUCUCACCACCAACCCCCCCCCCCUUCUCCAUUUUUCUUUCCUUUUUUUUUUUCUGUGUAUGCUCUCUGACUCUGUUUGUUAAUCUUUCUUUUACUGAUCCUGGCAAUGUCUCCUCUUUUUUCAUAAGCAAGUUCAUAG